AUGUUAAAAACUAAGAAUAUUUUGAUUGGAACAUGCGGUAUUGGAGCUGCUACGAUGUUUUGUUUAAUUGUUGCCGUUGCACAUAUUAUCAAUGAAAUUAAAAUGAUUGAAAAUGAAUUUGAUAUCACGAUUGAGGCAUUCAAACUGAAAGCAAGAGAUCUUUGGAGAGAUAUGAUGUCAAUGAAUGUUCGUUAUCGUCAACGUCGUCAAUAUUCCAGUGGUGACAGUACAAAUAUUGCUGGUCAAUCAUCGCACGAAAAUCCAGCAUUAAGUGAAGGAUACAAUGAACCUUCCAAACCAUCUAAUUCGUAUAAUGAAGAAGCAUCGAGUAGGAAUAAAGAAGCUAUAAGUGAAAAUAUUGAUACGGAAAAUUCAUGUCCAGCAGGGCCACCAGGACCGAAAGGUCCAAAUGGUAUGGAUGGUAUAGAUGGCUUCGAUGGAAUGGAUGCUCCGAAUGGUCCAGAUAUGAAUGAUAUAAGAGAACAAAUACAACAGUACGAAAGUUGUUUUCAUUGUCCACCUGGUCCAAUAGGUCAACCUGGCUCACCAGGUCGUCCUGGGCCUCGAGGGAUGCGUGGUUCCCGGGGUCGAAGUGGUGCAAGUGGUCAAGACGGUCAACCAGGUCCUCCAGGACAGAUAGGCGCAGAUGGACCACCUGGACCAAUGGGUGAAGAAGGACCACAAGGAGAACCGGGUAUUGAUUCAGAGCAUGUUGUAGGAGUUCCAGGUCCAAAAGGCGCUCCGGGUCCAAUUGGUCCACCCGGUGAAAUAGGUGAUGAAGGUGAACCUGGUCAACCGGGCCUUGAGGGGCCACCCGGAAAACGUGGACUUGCUGGUGAAAAAGGAGAUGACGGCCAACAGGGAGAGCAAGGCGAGCUUGGCGAAGAGGGAAUGCCAGGAAGUGACGCGGAAUAUUGUCCAUGUCCUACUAGAAGUGGAACUUUUAGUGGUCAGCCAAGUGAGGCCGAUAGAGGAAGCGAAGGAUAUUCGCCUGCCGAUGGAGGAGGUGAAAAAUAUUCGCCUGCCGAUAGAGGAGGUUCACCUGCCGAUAGAGGAAGCGAAGGAUAUUCGCCUGCCGAUAGAGGAGGUUCGCCUGCCGGUAGAGGAAACGAAGGAUAUUCGCUUACCAAUAGAAGAAGCGAAGAAUAUUCGCCUGCCGAUAGAAGAAGCGAAGAAUAUUCGCCUGCUGAUAGAGGAAGCAAUGAAAAUUCUCCGCCAAUAGAAUACAAACGAUUUACUGUGCUAUGA